AUGAAAAUCAAAAUAGGAAGUUCAAAGCUUAUUAAGCCUUUGUAUGUAGGCAACCCUCCUCCAACGACAGACUAUAUCCCUUUAUCCGUUUUCGAUAAGGUGACCUACGAUCAACAUGUAGCUGUCGUUUACGCAUAUCGCCCUCCAACCCCGCCCAAUGCAACCAUCGAGCAAGGCCUAAGGAAGGCGUUGGCCGCGUAUCGUGGGUGGGCCGGGAGGCUCAGCAAAGAUAGCAAUGGCGAUCCUAUCAUUCUUUUGAAUGAUGAGGGUGUUAGGUUUGUGGAGGCAUCGGUUGAUCGCGAUCUAGAUCAAUCCGUCACUUUCAGCCCUUCCGCGUCUUUGCUAAGCAUGCACCCUAGUUUGGAGGGCGUGGUAGAGCUCCUUCAAGUUCAGCUCACCAGAUUCUCAUGUGGCUCGAUGGUGGUGGGCUUCACCGCCCACCACCUCGUGGCGGAUGGUCAUGCCACAAGCAACUUUUUGGUAGCAUGGGGGUUAGCUUCGAGGGGACUUGAAAUUACAUCAUUGCCAUUUAAUGAUCGUACAAUAUUCUCCCCUCGAAGUCCCCCUAAAGUUGACUUUCAACAUAGAGGGGCGGAAUACAUAUCUAAAAACUUCAAGAAAGUGUACCCUUUGAUAGAUCAUAAUGUGGAGGACAUCGUGGCACACAAAGUUCACUUCACCUCGGAAUUUCUCUCCAAGGUCAAAGCUAGGGCUUCUUCGAUGAAUGGAUCGAAGAAGCCUUUUAGCACUUUCGAGAGCCUCUUGGCUCAUCUAUGGAGAGUUGUUACAAAGGCGCGCGGCUUGAACGAAUCCGAGACCACCCAACUGAGGAUCUCAGUGGACGGCCGGGCGCGACUAAACCCUAGGGUUCCAAAUGAAUAUUUUGGGAAUUUGGUGUUGUGGGCAUUUGCAAAGGCCAAAGUGGACGACCUCUUAGACGCGCCUCUCCCCUACGCGGCCAAUAUUUUGCACGAGGCAGUUACGAAUGUGAACGACGACUACUUCAAAUCGUUCAUCGACUUUGCCAAUCACGAGGUGAAGGCGGAAGAUCUUGUUCCGAACGCAGACACAGAAGAAAUGAUAUUGUGGCCUAAUUUGGAAGUUAAUAGUUGGUUAAGGUUCCCAUUUUAUGAUCUUGAUUUGGGAAGUGGAACGCCAUACAUAUUCUUGCCCUCCUUCUCGCCCAUAGAGGGGAUCAUAUUCCUUCUCCCCUCCUUCUCCGGCGAUGGAAGUAUCGACGUUUUCGUUCCUCUAUUUCAAGAAAAUUACAAAAUUUUCAAAGAAAUUUGUUAUACCUUAGAAUAG